CACACCAACAAAUCCUAAAGGCGUACAUGCAGCCUCCUCCAUCACUCCGCCGCUGUCGCACCGCUUCUAAACCCGAUGCAGGCGCUCAACGUUUAACUUUAAUCCGCACUGUUGUUCUGCCUCUGAAGACGGCUGCUCCUGCUCCUGCUUACGGUUGCUUUUCUGGUUUUUUUAUCCGCCAGGACGUCGUUCAUCUGCGCUGACUUUUCUUAUUUCUCCUGGAGGCAACCAAGCAGACAAAGAACUUUACAGUCGUCGAUACCAGAGUGCUCGGUAUAAGACGGACCACACGGCGAACAGAGGACACCAAGUGCACCUCGGGAGCUCCAUCAGUUUUCAAAAUUUUCUCCAACUUCAGCCCUCAAACAAACAUUAGCAUGAUGUCGUAUCUAAAGCAACCACCUUACACAGUCAAUGGCCUCAGCUUAACUACUUCCGGAAUGGAUCUUUUGCAUCCAUCAGUGGGCUAUCCAGCAACGCCGCGGAAGCAGAGGAGAGAGAGGACUACUUUUACGCGCGCGCAGCUCGACGUUUUGGAGGCGUUGUUCGCCAAAACUCGAUACCCGGACAUAUUCAUGCGCGAAGAGGUGGCGCUGAAAAUCAAUCUACCUGAGUCCCGAGUGCAGGUCUGGUUUAAGAACCGGCGGGCAAAGUGUCGCCAGCAGCAGCAGCAGCAGCAGAACGGGGGCCAGAACAAGGUGCGACCUGCCAAAAAGAAAAGUUCCCCAACCAGAGAAGUGAGCUCAGAGAGCGGGGCUAGCGGCCAGUUCACGCCCCCCACCAGCACCACCACAGUCCCAGCCAUCUCAACCAGCACCGCCCCAGUGUCCAUCUGGAGCCCGGCGUCCAUCUCUCCGCUCUCAGACCCCCUGUCUACCUCCUCCUCCUGCAUGCAGAGGUCCUAUCCCAUGACAUACACCCAGGCCUCGAGCUACAGCCAGGGCUACGCCGGCUCGACGUCCUACUUCGGCGGCAUGGACUGCGGCUCUUACCUCGCCCCCAUGCACCAUCAGUUGUCAGGCCCUGGCUCAACUCUCAGUCCGAUGAGCACAAACGCGGUCACAAGCCAUCUGAACCAGUCCCCGGCGUCCCUCUCCACCCAGGGCUACGGGACGUCCGGCCUGGGCUUCAACUCCACAGCAGACUGCUUGGAUUAUAAGGACCAAGCCGCGUCGUGGAAGCUGAACUUCAAUGCCGAUUGCUUGGAUUACAAGGAUCAAACAUCCUCGUGGAAAUUCCAGGUCCUGUGAACAGAUCAAUCAUGUGUUUGAAAAAAAAAAAGUGCACAAACAAUGACGAUCACAUCAGACACAGCGCUGCCAUCCCUCAAUAAAACACAUCGGACUCGGCGGGGCAGGGCUCUCAGGGGGCUCGGGGUUUCUUUUUCUUUGGUCCUCGUAGAGGAGAGGUUUAAUUUAUUUUAGCGCUGGGAAAAAGAGAUUUUUGUUUUGCUCCGUUCAUUGACAGGUUGUAGCCCCUUAUCCAUGUGUGUCAGUUGUGCCUCUGUGCGUAAAAAACACCUGUUGAGGACAACACAGAGCGGACUCUGAAAGAAACGUACGCUCCAGCCACGGAACUAACGUUUAUCCAAGAACAAAACUCUCAAGUUCACUCUUCCGGUGAAGUGCUCGGUAAUGGACAGACCUCCUUUAAACUUCUCACACAACUUUGCCGACCUGCCGGCAGAGAGACGAUGAGGAUGGUGUGUGGACAUGGAUGCACUACUUUAUUUAAGAAAAAAAAAGUGUUUAUAAGGAAUCAAUAUGUAGUUUCUAAGAGACAAUCAGUGUGUGUCUUAUAUAAAUGGUACAUAUGUGUUUUUUUUAUCUGUGCUAGCCUUCGAAACUGUGAUCUGUUGUAUUGUAUGCAAUUUGUGAGCCCCCCUCGCAUCAGACUCUCUGCUGUGAUUUUAAUAGAUUUCUAACUUUUUUGGAACAACCGAAAGAUGCUAAUAGUUAAAUUUCCGGCAUCACAAAGAGAGACGAGACUUUUCAAACACACGGUAGUAUUAAUCAAGGGUUAGUCCCCACUGGAAAUGACUCUCGGCUGCUGAGAGCUCCACACUUGCUCCCCUCCAUUGAUCUCAACACGGUGAUUGUGGAUCCUUUACUGGCUCCAAAGAUGGUGUGACCUCACCGCCGAAAAGACAUGAAUAAAGGUCAUGUGAGCUUACUCUUUCAUCAAGAAACGAUCUCUGUGUGUGUGUG